AUUUUAUUUUUUGUUAGCUUGGUUGAAAUGGUGUUUGUUUAGGGUAAUAGUACAAUAAACAGCAGCAGAUGAUACUGAUGAGAUGAACAGAGAGAUCUCUAAUCUUUUGUCUGACCCCAAACACACACUGCCACUUCUUUACCAGUGACAUCAUCAUCAUCAACAUCAAGGGUUUUGUAGGCCAAGAAAAGUGAAAAUUUACUCUUCCCUAUACUUGCUAUUUAGCUAUAAGCCCACCUAAAACACAAAACAAAAUAUUUUCUUUUCUCUUUUGUUCUAGUAGUAGUACUUGUGAUGAGGAACUUUAUAGUUUGUAGUAUAUUUUCCCAAGAAAAUCCUCGUUGAGAGAAAGGAAAACUUUUUUUGUUUGUGUUGUUGUUGGGUUGUCCUGGUCAAGCUGGUGGCUAAUUGUUGAAAAAAAAAACCAUUUCUGUAGUUUAGUUACUGAAUAGAAUAGUACAGAUAAAAAAGAGACCCAAUUUACCAAAAGCUGAGUUUUUGAGAGAGGAGGGUACAAAGAUGGGUUAGCCUGGAAAAAAAAGCUGUCUUUUUUAGGGUGUUUGUGGUGAGGUGAAAUUAGAAGCAUUGAAUGGCAGUGGCUUUUGUUAGAGGCCACAGUAGUAUCAGGUUUCAGUGGUGGUGUGUCUUCCAUUAAAAGCUGGAACAGGGAAAGCAUAAAGAGCCGAGCCUGGAUCCAUACAGUCAUCAUCAGCAGCAGCAACGACAGGAGGAAGAGCUUGCAAGAAACCAAAAAGGGAUCUUCCAAGGGCAGCAACAGUUGUAUGCAAGCCUGGAAACUCAGUACCCGCAGCCACCAAAGAAGAGCUCGUACUUGCCGUCGUCCAGUACAUCUUUCGCUUCGAAAUCGACACAACAUGCAAGAAAAAUGGGGGAUAGCCACCACCAAGCUGCAACGUCGUCAAGAUUGGGGAUAAGGCACUCUGGAGGGGAGAUCGUUGAGGUCCAAGGUGGUCACAUUGUUCGGUCAACCGGAAGGAAAGACCGCCACAGUAAAGUUUGCACUGCUAAAGGUCCUCGGGACCGACGUGUUCGUCUCUCCGCUCACACCGCCAUCCAGUUCUACGACGUCCAGGACCGCCUCGGCUACGACCGUCCCAGCAAGGCCGUGGAUUGGCUUAUAAAAAAAGCCAAGUCCGCCAUUGACGAGCUCGCUGAGCUACCUCCUUGGAACCCAGAAAGUUUUAAUACAUCGACUUUGAUUGCUAAACCUAGUAACCAGGAAGACCAAAACUUGACGACAACGACGACAGACAAUGAUAAGCCGUAUCAGUCUCACAUCAACCAUGGUGGAAACCUGGCGGAUAACCUUUCUGCUGGGUCGGGAGCUCGGAGGAGAACGGCUACUAUAAUGGGGAAUGAAGUUCAAAGUCUUCAGCAACAAGAAAUGGGAGAUAACCUGAAUCAUAAUUCUGGUUUUCUUCCACCUUCUUUAGUCUCUGAUGAGAUUGCCGAUACCAUUAAGUCUUUUUUUCCAUUGGGAGCUUCGAGUGAGACGCCGUCUUCUUCCAUACAGUUUCAGAACUAUCCACCGGAUUUGUUGUCGAGGACCAGUAGCCACAGUCAGGAUCUUCGGCUUUCACUUCAUUCGUUUCCGGAGCCGAUUCUUUUGCACCACCACCACGACGCAAAAGCUGCGACAGCUCAGGCACAGCACAACGAGCCUGUUUUAUUCUCUGGGACCAACCCAUUAGCUGGUUUUGAUGGGUCUUCUGCUGGAUGGGAGCAUCACCAUCAACAUCCGGCGGAGAUUGGAAGGCUCCAGAGAUUGUUUGCUUGGAAUAAUAGCUGUGCUGCUGCUGACACCGGCAGUAGCGGUGGUGCUGGCAGUGGCAGUAGCGGAGUAGGAGGAUUUCUCUUUGGUACUCCUACACCGCAGCCACUGCCGCAGUCUUUUGGCCAUAACAGCCAAUUGUUUUCUCAGAGGGGACCCCUUCAGUCCAGUAACAUUCCCUUGGUUCGUGCUUGGAUAGACCAGCCAAUGUCCAGAACUGACAAUUACCAACACCAUCAACAUCACCAUCAUAUCUCAGAAAGCAUCCAUCAUCAAGUUGCUUUAUCUGGCAUUGGAUUCACCGCACCUGGUGUAUUCUCUGGGUUUCGCAUUCCAGCACGAAUUCAUGGCGACGAAGUUGAGCAUGACAGCAUCGCCAAUAAGCUGUCCUCUGCUUCAUCCGAUUCUCACCAUUGAUAGAGUAAAACAAACGAAAGCCAAAGUCUUUCCCCUGUAUCAUGUGAUUGGUCUUUCAGCACUGGUUGAUCGUUGAUCAUUGACUACUGACUGUGAACUCAAUGAGGAGAUAGUAUGAUGGAUUCGAGAGUCGAAUACCGGAUCGAGAGAAGAUUUUGCUCACUUUGAAUCAAUGGCCUAUUGCCGUGGGAAGAAGAAAUCUGGGUGGAUUUCAGGUUUUUCAUUCCCCGGUUUUAUUUAGUUUCUGUCAGUUAACUGUGUUGUAGCAUAAUUUUACAUUCUCGUGGGCUCGUAGGGCUUAACACCGGUUUCCUUCUUUG